AUGAGGACAUGGACAUGUGAAAAACCAAGGAUAAUUGCAGUUGUUGGUGUCCUCCUGCUGAUGCAUGAUGAGGAUGUUAGAAGAGGUGGUGGCAGUGGCAGUGGCAGUGGCAGUGGUCAAAUAUUUAAGAAAAUAGCAGCAGCACCUAAUUGUAAGGAAGAGAUUGACGGCAUAUUGCACAACAUAAUCAGAGUAAUGUCUGAUGAUGAUGAUGAUGAUGAUGGAUACAAGUUGAACAUGGAAGAGAAACACAAAUUGCAAUAUGCAUAUGAUCGCCUAAAGAUCAUUAUUGGUGGAUAAUGUCAUUAUCAACAUUUUGCUUUUAGUUAGUUGAGAGGACUUACUUUGAUUCAGAAUCGGAACCGGUAUUGCGAUAUUAUAAGAACAAGUAACCAGACCGCGGUUCCAAUACCGGUUCCACUCGAGUUCUGAUUUCGGUCCCGGUUUUUCGGUUAUUUGUCCAAACAAAAAUUGGUUAUAAAUUAAGUGAAACUAAUGACGAUGCAAUUCAUAGUACUUGCAUGUUAAGUUGGCUUCCAAAAAAAUAUAAUAUUCAAC